UGAUCGCCCCCCAGGGCGGCUGCCGCGGCUGCUGCUCCCGCCGCCGCCUCCUCCGUCUCCUCGCCGCGCCGGCUGGCGGGCGGAAAGUGCAGCCGGCGAGGGCAAGGUCUCCGCAGUGACACUGGAGUGGCCGCGGAAAAGAGAGUGAAGAGGGGGCGCACACAGCCGGAUCAGAAUGCAGGCGACGUCCAACCUACUCAAUCUGCUGCUGCUGUCUCUGCUCGCCGGAUUAGACCCUUCCCAGACUCAGAUCAGCCCCAAGGAAGGAUGGCAAGUGUACAGCUCCGCGCAGGACCCCGACGGGCGGUGCAUCUGCACGGUGGUCGCUCCGGAGCAGAACCUGUGUUCCCGGGACGCCAAGAGCCGGCAGCUCCGCCAGCUGCUCGAAAAGGUUCAGAAUAUGUCCCAGUCUAUCGAAGUCUUAAACUUGAGAACUCAGAGGGAUUUCCAAUACGUUCUAAAAAUGGAAACCCAAAUGAAAGGGCUGAAGGCCAAGUUCCGGCAGAUUGAGGAUGAUCGCAAGACACUAAUGACCAAGCAUUUUCAGGAGCUGAAAGAGAAGAUGGACGAGCUGCUGCCCUUGAUCCCCGUGCUGGAGCAGUACAAGACGGACGCCCGGCUCAUCACGCAGUUCAAGGAGGAGAUCCGGAACCUGUCCGCCGUGCUCACGGGCAUCCAGGAGGAGAUCGGAGCCUACGACUACGAGGAGCUGCACCAGCGCGUGCUCAGCCUGGAGACCCGGCUCCGCGACUGCAUGAAGAAGCUCACAUGCGGCAAACUGAUGAAAAUCACGGGCCCGAUCACCAUCAAGACCUCCGGAACCCGCUUCGGCGCCUGGAUGACCGACCCCCUGGCGUCCGAGAAAAACAACAGAGUCUGGUACAUGGACAGCUACACCAACAACAAGAUCGUCCGCGAGUACAAAUCCAUGGCGGACUUCGUCAGCGGGGCAGAGUCCAGGACCUACAACCUGCCCUUCAAGUGGGCGGGGACCAACCACGUGGUCUACAACGGCUCCCUCUACUUCAACAAGUACCAGAGUAACAUCAUCAUCAAGUACAGCUUUGACCUGGGCAGGGUGCUCGCCCAGCGCAGCCUGGAGUACGCGGGCUUCCAGAACGUCUACCCCUACACGUGGGGGGGCUUCUCCGACAUCGACCUCAUGGCCGACGAAAUCGGGCUGUGGGCCGUGUACGCGACGAACCAGAACGCGGGCAACAUUGUCAUCAGCCAGCUGAACCAAGACACCCUGGAGGUGACGAAGAGCUGGAACACCGGCUACCCCAAGAGGAGUGCGGGGGAGUCCUUCAUGAUCUGCGGGACGCUCUACGUCACCAACUCGCACUUAACCGGGGCCAAGGUGUACUACUCCUACUCCACCAAAACCUCCACGUACGAGUACACGGACAUCCCCUUCCACAACCAGUAUUUCCACAUCUCCAUGCUCGACUACAACGCCAGGGAUAGAGCCCUUUACGCCUGGAACAACGGCCACCAGGUCCUCUUCAACGUCACCCUCUUCCACAUCAUCAAGACCGAGGACGACACAUAGGCCCACGUCACUCGGGGUCGUCGAUCUCACCGGUGUCAUUCGUGAUAAACUCUAUAGGACGCCUCUUGUUUUUUCCUUUGUUCCAACUUCCCACCAUCUCUCCAAAGCAUUGUUAUGAUCACGUUGGUGUUUCCAACAGCAGCUGAGCCUGCCUAAGUUGACCUGUUGGAGACCCAACUGAAUUCCUGCAUUUACAAGGCCUGUCUCGUCCUUGUCAUGAAAAGCACUAGAAAGGCUUACGUGGCUACAGUCGUAGUUUUGCAAAAGAUUAAUGGUCUGCCUUAUAUUAGAGUCAGAGAUUAAUGGUAGCUUAAAUGCAUGAACGUCUCUUUUUUUUUACCUCUGUCAUUUUUUUACUGUCUCUAGCUCCACAUUAGGAAACAUUCUUGUAGAAAUCAGAAAAAAAAAGAAAAAAUACUUUCUCUCUAUUCAUUUCUUUGAAAAGCUAGGGUUUUAUGUCUAUGGGAAAAUAAUAUGAAUCAUUUUGCGGUUCCUCAACCUUCCAAUGCGGUGCUCUUCAGCCAUUUUUAAAUCUCUUGCUCACGUGUUAUUGGCAAUACGUCUUUCUACCAUUGCAACCACCAUUGUGCAAUUGUGGCUCUUCACUUCUGUGAAAGUAAUAUUUUUAAUAAAAGGACACUGAAGUGUAAUCUCAGUAACUAUUAAUGGAUCAACUUUCAAGUGGGGUCAAGAAGGAAGUAUCUUCUCGGCUUACCCCUUUACAUAGUAUCUAUUAUAAGCUAAAAAAAAAAUCAAACCAGGUCCCUUACCCAGAGUCUUUCUUUUGCCCCACAUUUUCUGAUCCACUGACACGAGAUGAGAAAGAGAUUCAGCGUGGGGGGGAGUUCCUCUGUCCACCCACCCGAAGGCGACCCUCGGAGGGGAUUGCCAAGUUGCAGCCGAGUCACAAAAAUCAAAUUGGAGUUGACCGUACUUGAUACAACCAAAUGAAGCUUGUUCCUCAUAAUUAAAAAUAUUGGUGUUUGGUUACACAACUCGUAAUACUAGUGUAACUCCUUGUGUCAGGACCAAGGACAGGGAGCACAUGCGAAAAGUCAUAAAGGAAUUUCUGCAACAUCACCUAGAUUGACAGGGUCAGCUCUGGGGCAUUAUUGGCAGGAUCUGUGCAAGAGGAAAUGAUGGGCAGAACCAGGAGUUGUCUGGGUGGCUUCAUGUGCUGAUGACCAAUUUGGAAGGCGACUCCUGGUUUCCCUGAUUCAUUGCGUGUGCAGAAAUAAAUAACGUAACCAAAAAAGACAGGUUUAAUAAUAUUUUUAGGUCAAUCACUCCAAAAACGUAUAAAUUAGUAUACUUCAAACACAUCGAGUUUGGUGUGCUUUCCAUAUAUUAAAAAUAUUUACCUAACGCAGUUUUACAGAAACCAGUGUGGGUUGGUUUUAUAAUUUAAAAAGUAUAGAAUAUAAUAAAUAAUAUAUAACUCAAAUUGUUGUAAAUGUUUAGUUUCGCACAUACAUCAUACUGCAAUUUUCCUUUGUAAAGUAAGGAUGUAACCAUUCAGAUAAAGCAUUGUGUACAGAAAUGCUAAUGCUUAAGAGUAAUUCAUUUCAGCCAUCACAAGUAAAAAACAUCAUUCUCGAAUAGCUCACUGUCAAAAAGGUAGGAUGAAAUAAUCCAGUCUUGAAAAUGUUCAAGUUUAAGGACAAUCUCUCUCUCUGUCUCUGUCUCUCUGUCUCUCUUGCCUCCUGGGUGCUUUCACAAUGUUGUCUUUCUUCUCUUCGGGAACAUCCGUCUCAGUUCUCCUCUGCUUUUGAGUGUUAGAAGCUUUAGGGGACUCCCUUGUCAUUCGUUGUACACGCCACAAAACCCAUCAGCCAAAUACUGUGUGCAUCAGGAGUUUGUACGAAGAAAAGAAAGUCACCUUCAGAAAUCAACGAAUUUUUAAGUCGACGACCUCUCAUGAGUAGCUGGAUCUUCGUUACUUGCUCCUUUUAAAAUGAUGUGAUGUGGUAUCACGUACAUUCCCAGCCGGGUGUCACAGCUUUUGUGAGAUGUGCAGCUCGUAAAGCACUUUCUCGUCUCCCGUGUGAGGUUUCAUCGCCGUCUCUGACUCCGGGUGUCGCACCGCCGCCCAGCGCGCCCGGACUCCACGCCUGUCACUGGGACUAGCACCCUGCGUCUAACCAUGUGACUUGCAUUGAACAGUGACUGUUUAAAAGCAUUUUUCUUAAUGAGUUAUC